UUACUUUUUAAACUCAUCCCUCCACCUGAGAAAAACAAUGCUUAAUUUCUCGUAGAGUGAGGAAAUUAGUAGUUUGGUGCACUAAAAUAUGAUUACAGCAGAAUGGAACAAUUUGAAUAAGCGUAGCUGUAGCGUUAUUUAGAUAAAUAGACUAGCCAGUGUGCAACUGCAGAGUCUGAAUGUCUCAGGGAUUACUUUGCGUGCGAGUCAGCGGAGGCUGCUUGCAGAGGAAGGGGCUGUGAGGUGUUCAAGAUGGCGGCGCCCUGUGGAGUGCAGCGACUCUGACAGUGGUGCCUGGAGACUGUAUUGGCCGGAGGCUCAGGGAGCCCUCCAGGCAGGGCAGCAGGACACUGAGAGAUACGACUGGGACACCACUGUCACCAUGGCGAGAGAGCAGCCCAACAUAGGGGACCUCCUCCCUCUCCUGGAAUCCUCCGACAUCCACGAACUGGAGGAGAUUAAAGGCCUUAUCAAUGAGCAUCUCAGCACUGAGCGAGGGGCCAUGCUGCUGAAUGGACUGGUGGACUACUUCCUGGAGACUAAUUCGGCCCAGGCCAUUCAUAUUCUCUCCUCAGUCAGAGAGCCACAUGAUAAGCACCUACUGGACAAGAUGAACGAGUGUAUGACCAAACAGGCCUGCCGGCUGCCUACCCUCACCCUGCUAGGCCACGUGGUCCGCAAGCAGCCUUCCUGGAUCCACAAGAUUGCCCGCUACCCGCUGCUUCUCUCACUGCUUAAAUGCCUCAAGACGGAUUUAGACGUGAUGGUCCUCAUAACUGGAGUCCUGGUGUUGAUCACUCUGCUCCCCAUGAUCCCCCAGGCUGGCAAACAACACCUGUAUGAGUUCUUUGACAUCUUUGGUCGCCUGGCUUCCUGGAACCUGAAGAACCCAGGGCACAUCUCCGAGGUGUUCCUCAUUCACCUGCACGCCAGUAUCUACUCGCUCUUCCACCGUCUCUACGGCAUGUACCCAUGCAACUUUGUGUCCUACCUGCGCUCCCACUACAACAUGAAGGAGAACGUGGACACCUUUGAGGAAGUGGUGAAGCCAAUGCUGGAACAUGUCCGUAUCCAUCCAGAACUAGUGACUGGAACUAAAGACCAUGAGCUUGAUCCCACCAGGUGGAAGAAGUUUGAGAUUCAUGACAUCGUUAUAGAGUGUGCCAAAGUGUCUCUGGACCCCAAGGAGGCGUCGUGUGAGGAAGGCUAUGCGACCAUGCCCGGGAACUUCUACCCCCACCCGGAGCUCCGCCCGCAAGAGUCCGUCUCCAGCCCCUACACAGACUUCCACAACAGCUACGGAAGCUCCUCUUCAACACCUUUCUCUACCCCCCGCCAGCCACUGCCACCUCCCCUGGCCCCUCUCCCGGGGACACAGUCCUUGUAUCGCAGCCCCCAGACCUCCAGAAGUCAGAACUCUAGCUGUGAACUCGACUCCACCUGUGGGGUAAAGGAACUUUGGAGUCCCUCCUCCCUGUGUGGCAUGGCCACUCCCCCUUCCUCUAGGGGCAUGUCACCCAACCAAGAGCUCUCCCAUAGUGCCUCUCACCUCCCAGGCCACCGCGUCCACAGCACAUCAGCAGGUGGCAAAGGCACUCCUGCCACCUCCUCCCCGCCCCACACCCCCUCUGAUUUCACUAUCAUCACCCUGCUCUCCAACACCACCAGUCCACCACAGAAGGAUGGUCACCCUGUAGAAGCAGCCAAACCCAGCCUGGUGAGGCAGGAACCAAUCAGAGAUCCUGAAAAGGGGGGAAGAAAUGUAGGUGGUGAGACCAUUUCCAUGAUGCUGUCAGUCUUUAUGAAGGAGCAGGAGCUUCAGCAGAGGACAGAGAAGGAGAGGGAAGAGACUGCCAUCUCAGAGGAGCUCCUGAAAAUCACUGAGGACAAGCGGGACUUGGCCGGCCUGAGGAGCUUUGAUUCCCCGUUCUACCGCACCACCGAGACCCUGACAGGUACCCAGGAGAAGCCCCUGCCCAACCCCCCACUGGGAGGCCCCGUGCCGCCCCAGGACCCCCACAUUGCUGUGUCGACCUCAGACGAUGCACUGGAGAAUACCCAGGGGGCUGUUGGUGGAGAUGGGGACAGUAGUAGGGGCUCGGCCCUGGACCAGUCCUGGUCUUUUGAACCCGUCUGUCCUUUCAGCCCCAUCCAACACCCUCUCCACCAGAGCCUCUCUGCCCUGGAGGACGAGGUGGCCAAGUUCGGUGGCCUUUUCUCGCCAAGCCGCCAAAUGAAGAACCCAUCCCUGCCCUACGAGGCCCUGUUCGACCUGGCUCUGCCCCGGGCUGCAUCCCUCUUCGUUGGGAGGAGGACGUCGGAAGCCCGGGGCAGAGCUGCCCUGGAGAGGCUGUGCCAGCGGCAGGAGGGACUGGAGGAGGGCGAGGGGAUGGUGUCUGCUUCCCCCCUGGAGGUGCUAGAUCACCUUGUUCAGCAGGGCAGCGACACCCACGACAAGGUGCUCAAGAGAUUACCUUUGCCAAGCAAGUCGGCUGACUGGACACAUUUUGGAGGCUCUGCUCCGCUGGACGAGCUGCACACGCUGCGUAGCCAGCUGCUCCUGCUGCACAGCCAGCUGCUGUACGAGCGCUACAAAAGGGAGCAGCAUGCCGUCCGCAACCGACGUCUACUGCGCCGCGUCAUCAACGCCACUGCACUGGAAGAGCAGAACAACGCUAUGAAGGACCAGCUGAACCUGCAGAGUGUGGACGUCGUGACUCUGAAGGAGAGUCUGCAGGUGGAGCAGCAGCGCUGCAGACAGCUGUGGGAAGACAGAGAGACCGUGGUCACCAGACUACACAGCCAGGUCCGCCAGCUACAGCAGGGCCGGGACGACUACUACACCAAGAACCAGGAACUGCAGAGUCAGUUGAAUGAGUAUCAGAAGAAGAUGAAUGACCUGGAGGCAGAUCUCCAGAGAGCCAACAACAAGGUGUGUCACACAGGGCACCUUCUCAACCAGAUGACCAUCAAGCUGAGCACCAGUGAGAGCACCCAGCAACAGAUGAGUUUCCUGAACAAGCAGCUGCUGCUCCUGGGGGAGGCCCACAAGCUGGAUGUACUGCAGCAGCAGCACACAGGCUCAGACAACACCAAGGAGGCCCAGAUGGUUCAGGCGUCCUGGGGGAAGGAGGUUGAGAGGCUGAGGCAGAGCCUGCUGCAGCAGGGCCAGAAGCUGGAGGCAGCGCAGCAGAGGGUGUGUGAGCUGGAGACUCAGCUCACCAAGAAGGAACACCUCAUUGUGGAGCAGAAGAAGUUCCUGGAGGAUGUCAAGGGCCAGGCCAAGGGCGAGCUACAGGCGUCAGAGAACAGGUACCAGGCCCAGAGGAGAGCGACACAGCUCCUGCAAACGGAGCUGCUGCACCUCUAUAGCAGGCUGGAGAUGGAGGGUCAUGCCUGCCUUACCACAGCCUCAGCAGCAGGGGGCAGCAGUACCGAUCCUGGCCCUCCUAUAGACUCUAGUAAUGGCAGUAUCAUGGAACCAGAUGGACCUGUCACAUUGGGGACCAAUGAGUGGUCUGACAGCAGACCAUCUCAGUCCCCACGGGGCAAUGGCAGCACUUUAUUGCCAGGGCAACCAAAGGCAAACAACCCACCCAAAGCGCCCCCUGUCAACUCUGCCAGCAGCACCCUGGCCAUCCCGCUGCCUCUCCUUGUGGAGCCCUCUUUUUCCUGUCCCCAUGCCCCCCUGGCCAUCCCGCUGCCUCUCCUUGUGGAGCCCUCUUUUUCCUGUCCCCAUGCCCCCCUGGCCAUCCCGCUGCCUCCUGACGCCCCUCAUGCCCCCCUCACCGUUGGCUCCUACCCCAGCGCCAACAGCUUCCUGGGCAUGAGGGCGCGGGAGCUGUUCCGGAACAAGAGCGAAAGCCAGUGUGACGAGGAGCCCCCCCACCUGGCCGGCCUUUCACAGGGCCUGAAGACUGAGCUGUGUGUGGAGCCCUUAUUUCCCCCACUGGGGAAUGCUCUGACAUGUCCUGUCCCUACCCUUGCGCCUGUCCCUGCCUCUAUACUAGGGGCCCCUCUCACUGUGCCUGUCAAGGAGCACCCGCCUGAAACCAGGCAAAGAGCUAUCAAGCAGGAGAGUCCUAGGAGGAAAAUGGGAGGAGCAAGGGGAGGGGGAGCGGCAGCGGCCAGCGCAGCACAACCCAGACAGCAACAGCAAUUUAGGAUCAUGGACUACAACGAAACACAACAAGAGCACAGUUAGAGAGACACCGAACUGAGAGAGAAGAGGUUGUCUGGAGCAAGAGCUUCAAGCAGUAGAACCAUAAGAGUUGAAGACAAAGCUCUGUUAAAUUCAGUGUUAUCCCAUUCCCUCAAGUGGACAACAGGAUUUGAACCACUGAUUUAAUCCCAGAUGUAAAGAUGGGAAUGAAGGAAGGUUUAAAUAAGGUAAUUUUACAAUCUACCAGCAGAGACCACAUUAUAUAUCUGGUCUGAUUGCAGUUAUACUUAGACAUUUAUAUACCUAGACAUUUGGGAGUUAUUAUUUUCCAGAAACAAUUUCAUAUAAAUAGACCCUAUUUCCAAAUUUGUUGUUUGAAGUUAUAAGAAUACGCCAUAUUGGGUUCAAAACAACUUAGACAAGUAUAAAACACUAAGAAAGUAUGAGAGAGGGCCUUUUCAUUCGUAUGUAUUAGUCUUGUAGGGUGUGAAGGAUGGUUAUGAAAGCCUGGUUUUGGUUGGCUGUUGUCUUGAGCACCUGUUCUGAUGUUGGGGUGGUGUGAUCCUCAAGGCUCGGGGAGGAGCUGUGCCAAGUAUGAGAUUGUUGUCAAUGAUUCCAACUCCUCUGCUAUGCUUGGGGAGGAACCUGGGAGUUUCAUUGUAGAUAAAAUAUAGGAGGAGGAUUGCUUUUUCCAUGCUGGUUUCAUUAUGUUCCUGACAGAAAUGACCUUUAGUGUGUGUGUGUGUAUGCAUGCAUGCAAGUAUGUUUAAGUCAUGUUGCAAUCAUUUAGAAAUGCUUUUUUAUGAGUAGUGACAAAUAUGAUACUUAAAGUACUUGUAACUUUCUGCAACCAAUGUUGCUCAUGAUAACCACUUAUCUUGACUUUAAAUCAGACUUGUUAUGUUAAUUCUGACAAAUAAUUUGCAAUACAUCAACCUGUGUGAAGCAGUAUUUUCUGUUCCAGUUCACUAACCGAAAGUGUACAGAAAGACGGUGCCAAACAUUUACCAGAUACAACCAUUUCAAAAUGACUCAUUGACCUCACCAAGUGCUCCUAUUCUAGUUCGGUAUCUGGGUGUCUCUCAAAAGGGCUGAUUGCUGUAUAAAAGGUUUGCAUGUGUCAUCCUCUUGUUAUAGCUACAGUGAGUCUGAAAAGGAAAAAAAAAAAGUUUCUGCCAAUUGAUUCUUAUUGGUCCUACUGACCUAUGACAGUCAGAAUUGCCUCUUUCUUUUGGGUUCUUCCAUGUGUUUAAAUGGUCAUAAAUCCUGUUGUCCACUCUGAACUUCAGCUGUUAUUCCCUCUGCCUUGCUAUCUAAAGCAUGUUCAACAAUCAACUUUAAUGCCAACAGUAUAGUAGUAGGAACUACAACAAACCCAAGAUGGAAGGUACAAUCAAGCGUGGACUGAAUGGAAAGCUUGAACUGGGAUUUUUGAAAAAAGGCAAAAAAACGAAGUUCUUAAAAGCAGUUGCUUGUGUUUAACUGUGAACAAUAAAAAUCGUCUUCAAUGUUUUGCACUACA